AGCUUUAUCAUUUGUUGUUGUUGUUUUUGUUCCUCCUAGUAUAGAACCUUAGUUGAUAAAACACACACACACACACAACCCUUCCAUACAGAGUGAAAUCAGUAGUAUGCCCGGCUUUAUCAGACAAAACUCCCAUGUGAUCACAUAGGCAGCGUCAGAGAGACCGAAGCUGCUAAGCAAGCAGUAGGUAAUGAGUCUUUGUGCAGAGGGUAGCUCUUGUCGCUGAACAAUAAAGCAUAUGGUACCGGCAAUAAAACACAGGGCUGGGAAAUUUAAGAAGAUUUUGCUGGAAUCAGGAAGGCAGAUGACACAUCAUGCACUGACAAAAUGACAACCUACGUUGGUGCAUAAUUAUUAGGAAGAGCAAGAAAACAAAUCCCCGUAUGGAUUGGAAAAAAACAUUUGAACAGGUACAUGUGACAGCACUGCAGCUAUGAGCGGAAUUUUAAAGAGGAAGUUUGAAGAAGUUGACGGCUCUUCGCCCUGCUCUUCUGUGCGGGAAUCAGACGAUGAUGUUUCCAGCAGUGAAAGUGCUGACAGUGGUGAUAGUGUCAACCCAUCGACUUCAAAUCAUUUUACCCCCUCCUCGAUUCUGAAGAGGGAGAAACGGAAGAGGACCAAAAAUGUCCAUUUCAACUGCGUUACCGUCUACUACUUUACAAGAAGGCAAGGGUUCACGAGCGUUCCCAGUCAAGGAGGGAGUACCCUGGGCAUGUCCACCCGGCACAACAGCGUGCGUCAAUACAGCCUGGGAGAGUUUGCCAUGGAGCAAGAAAGGCUUCACCGGGAGAUGUUACGAGAGCAUCUCAGGGAGGAGAAACUGAACUCUUUAAAACUUAAGAUGACUAAAAACGGCACAGUGGAGUCGGAGGAAGCAAACACUCUGACACUGGACGACAUUUCUGAUGAUGAUAUAGAUCUCGACAACACGGAAGUUGAUGAGUACUUCUUUCUACAACCUCUGCCAACCAAAAAGCGAAGGGCGCUCCUGCGAGCAUCUGGAGUCAAGAAGAUAGAUGUGGAAGAAAAACACGAGCUGCGGGCCAUCCGUCUUUCGAGAGAAGACUGUGGCUGUGACUGUCGAGUCUUCUGUGACCCAGAAACUUGUACUUGCAGUCUUGCAGGCAUAAAAUGCCAGGUGGAUCGUAUGUCAUUCCCGUGUGGUUGCACUAAAGAAGGAUGUAGCAAUACGGCAGGCAGAAUUGAAUUUAAUCCCAUCCGUGUUCGGACUCACUUUUUGCACACUAUAAUGAAACUUGAAUUGGAGAAAAAUAGAGAGCAGCAAGUCCCUGCAUUGAAUGGAUGCCACAGCGAGAUAAGUGCUCAUAGCAGUUCAAUGGGUCCUGCAACCCACCCACUGGAAUAUUCAAUCCCAGACAACUUUGAAAUUGAAGCAGAACCUCGAGGGACUGUGAUGCACUUGCAGUCAGUUGAUGAUUUGGGAUGCCCAGGGGAGGAGGAGGAAGAAGAGGAGGAAGAUGCGAGCAGUUUUUGUAGUGGAGUCACUGAUUCCAGCACGCAGAGUUUAGCACCCAGUGAAACAGAUGAAGAUGAGGAGGAGGAGGAAGAGGAUGAAGAUGAUGAAGACGAUGAGGAGGAUGAGGAUGAAGAAGAAAAGGUGGACGACUUUGUGGAAGGGCUGGGUGCUCACGCUGAUAUGGUGCAAGCACUUCCUUCUGUCCUUUGCUAUUCUGACAGCACUGCCAUGCAUGAAAACCAUUCGAAGGCAUCCUACUACACGAAUGCUUCAUCGCUUUAUUACCAAAUAGAGAACCACAAUCCCGGCACUCCUAAUCAGAUUCAGGAGACUUACUCUGAAAGGGAUAUUGUUAAGAAUGGUAAUCUUUCUCUGGUGCCUUACAACCCAACGUCAGAACAGUUAGUUGACUAUACGCGGCAAUCAGAGGAAAAUUACGGCAGUUCACUUUAUCCAGCUUCAAAUCCAUCGGUCAUAGUAUGCUGCUCUUCUUCAGAAAGCGACAAUGCUGUUCCAUGUAGUAGUUUGUACACUGAGCAUAGGCCAAGACACUCCCAAGUGGACUUUCCAUCAUACUUGAAAAGUCCUUCACAAGAUGGAUUUGUUUCUACUCUGAAUGGUGGCGCUCACCUCCCAGAGCUUCCCACCGAGAAUUCACUUAGCCUUUCGGAAAAGAGCAGACUGCAUGAAGAGUGUAUCAAAUCACCUGUCAUGGAAACGGUACCUGUUUAAAUUAUUUUAGGACUGAAUCCCUUAUAUUCAAAUGCACUCUGUUUUAACUGGAUUCCUUGGAAUUUUCUUUUUCUUUUUUUAAAGCCGUGGAGAAAAAGGGACAGAUUCUGGUUAACUAUUUCAUUUGUUUCUUUAUUUCAAGCUAUACUGGCAUAAGCCAUUGCACAAAAAAAAGGUUAGUGUACAAAGUAAAUUGUAAAAGGGGGAAAUCAAAUGGUCUUUUGAUACAGAAUACCUAGAUUUAAAAAAUGGAACACAACAAAUUAGCAGUCUACCUGUUGAACUUUGUGAAGCGGGGCUGUCUGACUUAAGAGUUUUUUGUUUUAUUGUCAGGCCCCAUGCAAGAUAAUGAAAUUUUACUUUGGAAUCUUUAUGUUUAGAGUUCUAAAUUUUCACACCUAUUUGAAGAUGGUGAAUUUUUAAAUGUACAUGUAAUUUCAAAAGAAAAAAACCACAACAACCCUGAAUUUUUGGUAAUGUAUAUUUUUAUUUAGGUAGCUUAAUAUUCCUGUCUUGAGAAAUUGGAGCUGAACGUUUGAGCAGAACAGCACAGCCACUUCAAAUUCUGUUAGGCAGACUAUGUUUCUGUUUUGUGAUAAUAUUUAAAGUUGACAUUGAGCUACAUUCUUUGAUAUGUCCUGGAGUCAGUUUAUAGGUGGAACCUAAACAUCUAAGUGGAAAUCUAGGUUGUUUCAUUUAUUGUUGGUGCGUCAACAAAAUCUCCCUAGAAAGAAAUGAAGGAUGUGCAUCACCCUUGUUUAAAUUAUUCUGAUAGGUGUGAAUAUCUUCUAGAAAAUUGAAAUGUUGGACAAUCCUCAGAUUUUUUUUAAAGUUGCCAACACAACCAAGAAAUUGGGCACAAUUCAGCCAAAUUUAACUAAUUGGGACUGGCUCAUGUGGUUUGUUAUUUUAUUUUUCCCACUCUGUCUUCUUUCCAGAAGCUCCCAAGGGAAUGAACAAUAUAAAACAUCCAGCUACUUUUCAUAUCCUUCCCAACGUACAGGGAUUUUCUGCCAUCACCCAUACCAUUUUUAACAGCACCUUUUUCAUCAGUGAAAAGCUGUUUUUACAGGACAGUUAUGUACACAAUUUAAAGAAGAACCCCAAUUAGGCCUUGUGUGUAAUGUAUAGUACCUUAGUAGAGCACUUUCUGUUUUUCAACGGCUGCUUCUUUACACAGCUCUGGUAAUAUGUACAACUGGGAGCCCUCAUGAUAUCUCCAUUGACUUGCUUCUAUUUCUGUUGAUUGCAUUUCUAAGCAGCUCAGGACUGAAUACAGUAGAGUCUCACUUAUCCAACAUAUGGGCCGGCAGAAUGUUGGAUAAGCGAAUAUGUUGGAUAAUAAGGAGGGAUCAAGGAAAAGCCUAUUAAACAUCAAAUUAGGUUAUGAUUUUACAAAUUAAGCACCAAAACAUCAUGUUAUACAACAAAUUUGACAGAAAAAGUAGUUCAAUGCACAGUAAUGCUAUGUAAUAAUUACUGUAUUUACAAAUUUAGCACCAAAAUAUCACGAUGUAUUGAAAACAUUGACUACAAAAAUGCGUUGGAUAAUCCAGAACGUUGGAUAAGCGAGUGUUGGAUAAGUGAGACUCUACUGUACAUGGAUCUCCCUACCUCAAAUGCAAAUUGAUCUUCAUGACAACCCUAUGAAAUAAUUUAAAGACAAAUGGCCAACUUUUGCUUUGUGGGAUUUGUGUCUUAACUGAGGUUGUACUAUGUUUUUCAGGUUAUAGGCCAAUCCUUUCACUAGUACACCUUGACAUUGCACUUGUUCUCAGUUAAAUCCUGUGCAUUGUCUUCCUCUUACAUAGAUAUUAAACUAUGUGAGAAGCUGUCACAUGAAAAAGGGUAACAUAUUUCUAAUACAACGUAAACUUAGCCUUAGGAUCUGGUGAAAUCAAUGGGACUUCAUUAAACUAAGUCUUUCAUUCUGCAUAGUGGGACUUGUUACAACUGCACUUUGAUAGAUUGUACACACUGUGCUCACUUUCAAAAGCAAAAUGCUAGUUUUUGCAUGCACAUCUUUUUGUUGCUCUGCAUCUGUACAGCUACCCAAUGCACUUUAGUGCCUCCUCUUACUUUUGGAGUUAUGAAAAGUCUUGGAGAUGUUGUGGGAUUUUGUUCUCAUUUUUUAAAAAUAACAUAUCACAUGGGCAGCAUGAAAAAUACUACCAGGAAGAGCUUGUGCAGAUUUUCCAUGCCAAUUGCAGAAUGCUUCCAUCAGCAAUUCAUAAGAGGAGAGCAUUAUUCUAUUUGUUGAAAAAAGAAUAGACUGUGUGUACAGUAGAGUCUCACUUAUCCAAGAUAAACGGGCUGGCAGAACCUUGGAUAAGCGAAAAUCUUGGACAAUAAGGAGGGAUUAAGAAAAAAAGCCUAUUAAACAUAAAAUUACAUUAUGAUUUUACAAAUUUAGCACCAAAACAUCAUGUUUUACAAGAAAUUGACAGAAAAAGCAGUUCAAUACACAAAAAAUGUUAUGUAGUAAUUGCCAUAUUUACAAAUUUAGCACCAAAACAUUGCAGCAUUUACUACAAAAACAAUGACUACUAAAAGGCAGACUGCCUUGGAUAAUACAGAAUUUUGGAUAAGUGAAGCUUGGAUAAGUGAGACUGUACUGUACUUGCAAAUGGAAGGAGACAGAGUUUGAGGGCAUUUAUGAUUUCUUAUUAGAUCACACAAAUGAUGCCUAUAUGUGGAGUUUGUUUCCAAAAUCUACCAAAUUGGAAAAAAAAACAACUAAGGAUAUGAAUUCUUUUGCUACAAAAUGCAAUUUUCCAAGUCCUAUACCAAAGUGAUCUGACGCAUUUUGAUAGUUUUGAUCUGUGCAUAAUAUCCUACUCCUAGUCAACCAUGUGUUGCCACCUAUAACUCAUAUUUCAUUUUUUUUAUUUAGUAACUAUGAAAACAAACUCAACAUGUGUGUAACACAGACAACAAAAAGCUGUCCUCUGGCUUUCCCACUAAAUCGCCAAAUCUGAGUUUUACCUUGUUCAGGUACCACAACUCACAAUAUAUGUACUGUAUAUAUAUACCAGUUGAAGAUCUACUUUGAAAAAGAGCAAAUUAAUAUGUCAUCAUUUUUUCAAAUGGCAAUGCCCAGUGCUUUGAAUGUAUCCUUGCUUCUUUAAAGUACAAGAUACUACUACAGUAGAGUUUCACUUAUCCAACAUAAACUGGCUGGCAGAACGUUGGAUAAGCAAAUAUCUUGGAUAAUAAGGAGAGAUUAAGGAAAAGCCUAUUAAACAUCAAAUUAGGUUAUGAUUUUACAAAUUAAGCACCCAAACAUCAUGUUAUACAACAAAUUUGACAGAAAAAGUAGUUCAAUACGCAGUAAUGCUAUGUAGUAAUUACUGUAUUUACGAAUUUAGCACGAAAAUAUCACGAUAUAUUGAAAACAUUGACUACAAAAAUGCGUUGGAUAAUCCAGAACGUUGGAUAAGCGAGUGUUGGAUAAGUGAGACUCUACUGUACUUGUUGUUUGGGUAAUUCUACCCUUUUUGGAAAAUGCUCAGCCUAGAAACCAAUUACUGAGGAGGAAGCGCCUUGUGUGGAUGAAACAACUGUGUGGCAUGCACAAUCCUUUACAGCCUGGCACUGUGAUAAAAAAAAUAUAUUAGCAUAAUCUGUUUUUAAUUAUAAUUAAUACAGUUACCACUUUCUGAGAAAUGUUUAGCAGAAUUGUAUAUAUCAUAUUGAAAUACAUUUUUGGCUCGUGACUGUAGACUGAAGGAUACAAUCUCAACUUCAGUUUAUUUAUCGGUUUCCAUUGGGAAAUUCACAUCUUCUGCCUGCUCCCAGGGAGGGGACAUGGCCCGGCUGUUCAUUAAUUCAGAUUGCAAAGAGCCAUGUAACUGUAUAAAGCCUUAAGCUUUUUUUAUUAGUUUUGUUCAUGAUUUUGGGUCAUCUACCUGCUGGGUCAACAUCUGCCUCGCAGCCAGGCCCAGAGUUUCUUGGAUGUCAGGAGGGAGCUGAGCUUGCUUCCCAUUAAUUCUCUUGUACUUGACAGCCUUGAGGAUUUCUUUCAGACUUAUCCUGCUGUCUUCUUUUGGCCAUAUGUAGCACAAUACAUGGGAGAGGAAGAUGGGAUGAACUCCUGUGGCUCAGUUAUUGAAGUGCUGUAUUUCCUGCAUUGUUACGGUUUUGGUUUUAUAUCUGUGAACUUACCUCUAUGUGCCAAACGGCUUAUUGUGACUAAAUGGCAAAUAACAGUGAAUGUGUUUUGUACAAGUUUUGCAUGUUAUCUUUUCCUUUUCAUGGUGGCUGUCUAGGUCAUACAGAUAUUGAAGAUGAUCCAGCUGAGUGCAUAACAUACUUGAUGCCUGUUAGUUUUGGAUGCUAUUCAGCAAGUGUGAAACACAGCAUCGCUGCUGGAUACAUUCAUUUUUUCUGCCCGCUCAUGUCUAACACGAAAUUCCUCCACACACAUCAAAAUUAGCUGGAUAGGAAGAAAACCACUGGCAGCACGUUCCUAACCGAUCUGAAGAGCAUAUCUUUAUUGAUUAUUAGAGAUGGGCAGUCUCUAAUGGAAAAGUCUUCUAACUCAUUUCCCCUGAAUGGAAUUUGCUUGAGAUUGUGAAUAUUCGCAAUCCAGAGGGCCUUGCUGUGACCAGGGAUUUUUUCUGACAUUCGCGGUCAUGUAGAGAAUGUGGAAAAAUCUAAGGAGACAGUAAGAUGCCUGGUAAACUAAAAGACUACUGAGACAUACAGGGGAGUCAAUAUUACUGCUCUCCUGCUAUAUCAAUUUAUGCUCUCUCUAAUUUAUUUAUUUAUUUAUUUACAGCAUUUAUAUUCCGCCCUUCUCACUGCGAAGGGGACGCAGGGCGGAUCACAUUGCACACAUAAAGGCAAACAUUCAAUGCCAUGACAAUAGAACAGAGACAGAGACAAGAAGCAGGCACCGGGCUGUCCUCGAACUCAUGACCUCUUGGUCAGAGUGAUUUGUUGAUUUGUGGCAGCUGGCUUGCUUUCCAGCCUGUGCCACAGCUCGGUCUCUAAGGCAGCGGUUCUCAACCUGGGGUCCCCAAAAGCCAUCAACUCCCAGAAAUCCUAACAGCUGGUAUACUGGCUGGGAUUUCUGGGAGUUGUAGGCCAAAAAUAUCUGGGGACCCCAGGUUGAGAACCACUGCUCUGGGGGAAUAUUCAUAAUUGUUUUUUCAGUUCAAUAUAAAAAAAAAUACAUUGUUUGGGAAAAUAUAUAGUUUGAUGCACUCUGUUUUCCUCAGAGUGAAUUCUGUAGUAAACCAGGGGCAUACAACAUUGACUAUGUAAUAUAUAUUUGACCUUACUAUAAGUAUGCAUUAUAGCCAUUGCAUAAAAUUAUUUUUCUUCUUCUAAUGGCCAGGUAUAUAAUCCAUGAGCCAGUGCAGUGUGGUGGUUUGAGCAUUAGACUCAAAUGUUUGAAUUUCCGUUUCACCAUGGAAAGCCACCGGGUGACCAUGGGCAGGCUACACUUUCUCAGCCUCAGAGAAAGGCAAAUGUAUAAAAUGAGAUCUUGAAGGUACGAGGCAAUUAGAAUAACAAAGCACAACUUUGCUAUGAACCUUAAAUGAGUUGCUUUGUUUCAGUUAUGGGUGCAUAUUAGUGUAGAAACUGAGAGGAUGAAACUAGUGUAAAGCCACAUGCAUUCUAUUCCAUUACUGCACUUUUCGAACUAAAUAGUGCCGCUUUUAAACCAUAUUUCAGUAUUCAGCAAUCCAGAUUAAGUAAAUAUCUGAGGAAGGAGCAUAAAAAUGUCAUCAGUCUUUAUGUGGAGAUUCUCUGCGUGAUCAGGACCCUGAUUUUUCAAGUUUCCAAAUAAUGUGACCAGUCUUAUAUGCUGCUCUUGCUGUGGUUCAUACACUGUCCAUCUGAGGGGAAAGGAAGGAGAGGAGACUGGGUCAGUGCCUUUCCCUCCUCAUAUUUUUAACCAUAUAAUUUACAGCCUGCAAAGAGCUCUGAAAAUUAUAUUGAUCCAUCUCUGCCGUUUUAUAGAAUGCAAUAGCAAGGUGGAAGGAAGGUGCUGGACAGUUAAACCAGAAAUUGCAAAGGUUAUCCAGAGCCAGUGGCACAGUGGGUUAAACUGCUGAGCGGCUGAACUUGCUGACCGAAAGGUUGCUGCUUUGAAUCCGGGGAGCGGAGUGAGCUCCUACUAUUAGCCCCAGCUUCUGCCAAUGUAGCAGUUGAAAAACAUGCAAAUGUGAGUAGAUCAAUAGGUACUGCUUCUGUGGGAAGAUAACGGCGCUCCAUGUAGUCAUGCUGGCCACAUAACCUUGGAGGUGCCUACGGACAACGCCGGCUCUUUGGCUUAGAAAUGGAGAUGAGCACCAACCCCCAGAGUCGGACACGACUAGACUUAACAUCAGGGGAAACCUUUACCUUUGCCUAUCCAGAGCUGGCCUGGAAUCCUGACUUUAUAUAUACUCCUCAGGUGGACAUUGUAAGUUCUGAGUCUUUGGGGAAAACUUUGCACUUACUGAUUUAAUAUCUAACACUUUACGCCAUCAUUGGUAUUCUGUUGCCUGCAUUUUCUUUCAGUGGACAAAACUCUCAAUGAAAUCUAUCUGGGUUCAUGAAAACACAUAUAUAGUGGUUGAUGUACUUUUUACCAGAAAUUGGAUAAUGCAUAAAUAAUGACAAAGGGGGUGCACCUCCAAAACCCUGGGUUUUGUCAUGAAACCAACCCAUUCCUGUUCUUAUUUUGCUGUUUUACCUGGUGCAAGAGCUGUUCAGAAUCGAAACCAUUCAUAUGUGGAGCACUGUUAUUAAUCCACAUAUGGAAUACAACACUUAUAGGAAUUAUGGAGUUUAUGUUGAGUGAUAAAAAAACUCUAUCAACACUGACCAUUAAAAACACACACACUUGUGAUUUUAAAAAAAUCUUAAAUAAUACCUACUGUUGUAAGAUUUUACUUGCCUUACACCCUUUCUGCAUUUUAUACCUUGUGAUGUAUGAAAAAAACGUAAGAUUCAUCAGGAACUCUGUGGUCCAGAAUGCUCUUAGUAAAUGAUACAUAUUUACUGUGGAUGGGUAGAUUUCUAAUAGUUUUUUCACUCAAUUGUUCUUUGUAAUGGGAAUAAUGGGAAUAAUUGAAAAGAAUGAUUCAAAAUUGAUGCAGACUCUAAUAAUUACUGUUUUAUGUAAUCAGAAAACAAUAAUAAUUUCAGCCAACAAUUUUCAGGGCAAAUGCACAAACUAACCUAAUAUUGGUCCUAUACAAAACUGUUUUUACUGACUCAUAUUCUGAGCAGGACAGUCACGGGCAUCAGUCCCUACAGAAUUCAAAUUUUAGAGGUUGUUGCCAAUUUCUGUUCCUUUAGUAUUUUUUUCUUCCUCCUUCCUGUCCAAGAAACCUAUGAGACAAGAAUGUUAACAACACAUACACAGAAAUGCUAAUUGCCAAUUUACUGUCCAAGUGUUGAUUCAAUUUCUUUUAUCUGCAACCUCACACAAACCAAAAUGUAGGCAAUGAAAAUCUUAACCUGAUCCUUAUGGUGUAAUCUUUAUUUUAACUAUAUCCUUCUGUAUUUAUGUUUUCCGUAUUUAUGAUGAAUGACAUGUAAUUUGAUGUAUUUAUUGUGGCUUAUUUCUGCGAUGUAUAUAUUAAAAAUAAGCAUUUAUAAGUCUUAAAAUUAGGUUAUUUUUUUUCUUAGUGGCACUCGUAUUAUGCUGUAUUUUUACUAUAUAUUGUACAAUAUAUAUUUAUUGUCCAUUUGUUUGCAACAAAGUAAAUCAGGUUUCUACGUUA